GCGUUCAGCGGUGUGCCGGCGGGGUGGCAGGGCGCGUGUGACACGACGCCCGACUUUGCGUGCAGCGGGAAGAUCAUCGGCGCGCGGCGGCUGUACGCGGCGAACCAGCACAGCACGGGCGGGCCCGACUUCAGUGUGGAGUAUGACUCGCCGCGUGACAUGGAUGGCAGCGGCACGUGGAGCGCAGCGUGAGUGCCCCGGGAGCAGCGGUGGGCAACGCGGUGACGUGGGCGGACGGGGCGAGGACGGUGGGAGCACGGGUGGCAUGGCGCCGGGAGCACGGGUGGCGGUGUACAAGGCGGUGUGGGCGGGGUACGGGUUUGAGGCGGACGUGCUGGCGGGGGUGGACCAAGCUGUGGCGGACGGUGUGCACGUGCUGUGCGUCACCGUGGGGGGCUUCAAGGGCUCCCUCACCACCUACUUCACUGACGCCCCCUUCCUGCACGCCCAUGCUGCAGGCGUGGUGGUGGUGAUGGGGGCGGGUGACUGGGGGGAGCCCAACUUCUGGCGGCUGCUGGGAGCAUACAUCCGAGUCAUCGACAACUUCUCACCCUUCUACCUCACUGUGGGCGCCAGCACGAUUGCAGGGCAGGGGGGUUUGUCAGGUGCGGCAUCUGCUCGCCACACCAGCACAGCCGUGGCACCUGCUGCCAGCAAUGGCAGUGUCUUCAGCCCCACAGCACCGCAAGCAUGGUCGUCAUCAGCAGCAGCACAGCCAGCCAGCACAGCAGCUGCCACAGUGGCGGCCUUCUCCUCAGCGGGGCCGCUGGUGUGGCCGUGGUACCGGGUGCGCCCGCCCUUCCCCACCAACUCGCUGCUCAAGCCCAACCUCCUCGCCCCUGCCGUUGACCUCUGGUCCGCCGCCCCCGCCACCACCAUUGGUGCCCCUGGGGACCUCAUAAACCGCACCGGCACGUACCUGGCGGCACCGCUGGUGGCGGGCAUUGCAGCAGUGCUGGUGCAGCUGCGGCCUGGGUGGUCCCCCGCGCAGGUGAUGUCAGCGCUCAUGACGUCCGCACGCACCACCACGGUGGGCGGCGCACCCAUGCGCACGGCGGCGGGCAGGAAGGCGACGCCGUGGCAGAUGGGGUGCGGGGUGGUGCAGGCGGCGCGCGUGGCGAACCCCGGGCUCACCUUCGACGCCAGCGAGCGCCACCUGUGCAACUUCCUCGCGGGGCAGAGCUGGUUCCGCACGCGCAGGCUCUUCCCCGCCGCUGCUCUCACGCGCCUGCCCCCGCGCAACCUGAACCGCCCGUCCAUCGCGCUGGGGCGCGCCAAGGGGGUGACCAUCAUCCUGCGCACCAUGACGAGCGUGGCGGCUGUGGCGUCCACUUACACGGCCACGGUGGUCAACCCCUGGGGGGUGCUGCUCACCGUGACGCCGCGGCGAUUCACGAUCGCGCCGGGCGAGAGUGUGACGUACAGGGUGGUGGUGCGCGUGGUGGGCAAGUCGAUGAGUUUCUUCUACGGCAGCAUCACGUGGCGGGACGAGGUGGGGCAUGUGGUGCGCUCGCCUGUGGUGGUGCAGCCGCAGCGCCUGCUCAAGUGGUGCAUUGGGUGCACCAAGGGUGGCGUCAUCAAGUGGCCUGGCGGCCCGCCCUAG